UAACUAUAGUAAAAAAAAAAAAAGAAAUCUAUGGAUUUUCACUCCAAAAAUAGAACCCAUACACACAUUCACAAACUCAGGUUGUGCCUUUUUGAUUGAGGGGACGUCCUGUACCCCUCCCUAAAACCCAACCUUUCCCACGAGGUCCUGGAUAAACCUUCGGGAGGCAGCGUUCCGGCCCAUCCUCUCCUACGGUUAGUCGAAGGGCCACGCAGCAGGAGUUACUGUCGUUCUGCUGCUGUGGACGACAGGAUGAACGGCAGAUAAAUGGACGGAAACAAAAGGAUUUUCUUAGCAGAACUCUGGAAACUCGGGUCACUUCUUCAAACGAGACAAAACAAAGAACCAGUCAAAUCCGCUGAAGGUUUUCGGGUGAUCUGCAGUUUACCAGCAGCAGAGUAGACGGCGUGCAGGGAUGCAGCAUCAGCUCCGGGCUUAUCGGGAGGGGGGGGGGGCAACAACGUGAGCCGUGGAUUGCGACAGAGCAGGAAGAGAGCUAACACCAGCGCCAGGUAAGGUAAACCAAAGUUUGAAAGGUGUGUCCGGCUUAUCUAAGAGACGAAAGUGGCCCAGGAGGGAUGUGAGGGCAAUCAUCACACCUUCUUCUGCUGCCUCCCAACUCUUCUUCUGCUGCACACGUGACGAGGCAGCACUUCUAACCUGCUGCCCAGGUGAGCUCAGUACCAAUGAAGCAUGGACUCCCUAGGCCCGCCGCAGUCGGCUGCCUCACAGAAGGAAGGGCAAGAUGUCAAGGCCAGUCCCGCACACUCCACUCUGGCUCUGGUGGAGCAGAAUCUAGAGGAGACAGACCCCUGGGACCUUCCUGAGCUGAAAGACACGGGGGUCCCAUGGUCGGCUCUUGAUACCAAAGGUAAAGUGCAGAGAGUGGUGGUGUCAGUGUUGAAGUUCGUCAUCCUGCUGGGCCUCCUCUACAUGUUCAUCUGUUCCCUCGACAUCCUCAGCUCAGCCUUUCAGCUAGUCGGAGGCAGAGCGGCAGGCGACAUCUUUCAGGACAACUCGGUCUUGUCCAACCCGCUGGCUGGUUUGGUCAUCGGGGUGCUCGUCACUCUGCUCGUCCAAAGCUCCUCCACCUCCUCCUCCAUCGUUGUCAGCAUGGUCUCCUCGGGGAUACUUACGGUCCAGGUGGCUGUUCCCAUCAUCAUGGGCACCAACAUUGGCACCUCCGUCACAAACACACUGGUCGCCAUGACGCAGGCUGGUGACCGCAGCACCUUUCGCAGGGCUUUUGCAGGGGCUACCGUGCACGACUUCUUUAACUGGCUCUCGGUGCUGGUGCUGCUGCCUCUGGAAGCGGCCACUGGUUAUUUGUAUGUGGUGACCGAGCUCAUCAUCGACUCCUUUCAGAUCCAGAGUGGAGAUGCACCGGACCUGUUGAACGUCAUCACCGACGUCCUCACUGAGGCCAUCAUACAGCUGGAUGACUCUGUCCUCGGUGACAUUGCCAGUGGAGGCUCUGAGGCCAGAAACAAAAGCAUGAUCAAGAGAUGGUGCCAAACCCAGUUCAACACAACCUUACAGAACGUCACAGUUCCCGGCCCAGAGAACUGCACCUCUCCGGCUUUCUGCUGGGUUGAUGGCAACAUUACCGUCACUCUGAAGAACGUGUCUGAAGAGUACAACACACAGAAAUGCCGUCACCUCUUUGUGGACGUGAACCUUUCUGAUCUGGCGGUGGGUCUCAUCCUGCUGGCUCUCUCUCUGUUGGUUCUGUGUUCCUGCCUGGUCUGCAUUGUUAAGCUGCUUAACUCCAUGCUGAAGGGACAAGUGGCUUCAGUCAUCAAGAAAAUCCUCAACACCGAUUUCCCGUUUCCGUUUGGCUGGGUCACAGGUUACAUCGCCAUCAUAGUUGGAGCUGGAAUGACUUUCAUCGUGCAGAGCAGUUCUGUGUUCACAUCAGCCAUUACUCCUCUUGUUGGUAUCGGUGUCAUCAGCUUAGAGAGGGCAUAUCCACUGUCUUUGGGCUCAAACAUUGGUACCACCACCACAGCCAUUCUGGCAGCAAUGGCUAGCCCUGGAGAAAGGCUGGCUAAUGCUCUACAGAUUGCCCUUGUGCACUUCCUGUUCAACAUCUCUGGCAUCAUUUUAUGGUAUCCAAUCCCCUUCACUCGCCUCCCCAUCCGGCUGGCUAAGGGUUUGGGGAACAUCACGGCCAACUACCGCUGGUUUGCUGCAGUAUACAUCAUCUCCUGCUUCCUCGUGUUGCCGCUCUUGGUAUUCAGCCUGUCGCUGGCUGGCUGGAAAGUCCUUGUGGGUGUGGGUGUACCUGUAGUUGUCAUGUUGAUCACUGUUGCGGUGAUCAACGUGCUGCAGAGAAGGAAACCUGGAUGUCUGCCUUCGGGACUGCAAUCCUGGGAUUUCCUCCCUCUCUGGGCCCACUCCCUGGAUCCCUGGGAUAAACUGGUCGGAGCGUUCACAGCCAAAUGCUGCUGUUGCUGCAAAUGCUGCCAAGUUUCAAAUGACAAUCAGGCACACGAAGUACAAGAAAUUGUGGAACAGAGCACAGACAUACACAAAGAAGUGUAUGAUAACCCAGCGAUGGCUGUGGAGAAAGAAGUAGAGAAUGAGAUAAAGAUAGAACUAGAUAUUUUAAAAAUAACACAACUUUGAGAUUUCAUAUUUAUUGUAUGUCUGUGACUGUGAAUGAUUUACAGAGAAAUAUUGCUCAUGGCAGAUGAAGCAACAGAAAUUAAAAUAUUUGUAUGAUCAUUUUAACUAAAUACUGUUCUGUAGCGAGAGAAAAAGCGAUAAACACUGUGAAGUGUUGAUGGUCGUGGUUCAUUGAAGUACUCCAUUAUUAAUCAGGAACCUACAUUUAGAGCCAAUGAAAUGAUGCAUCCCAUGUCUGUCAGCAUCCUGCUCUGUUCAUAACUUAUGACGUACUGACCUUAUUGCUUUCAUACUAAUUACUGAAAGUUUUUCAGGCUAAUCGGUAGUCAAAGAGCCUUCAGCUCAAUGUAUGCACCUCUUGUCAUUUUUACUUUGGCUGAUUAUUUACUUCUAUCCAUCCAUCCAUCCAUCCAUCCA